AUGCCGACGACGCAUCAACAUGAUGGGAAUUCGCUGUUCGCCAAGUUGCCACCAGAGAUCCGCUACGAGAUAUGGUGUAUGCUCUUGAUAGAGCGCAAAGGGCCAAUUGAGCCAGUGCACAUUCCCAGGGACAAUGGAACAGAGACCUUCUUUUCCCCGGGAAGUGGUCAAGACAGUACCCUUCUUCUUAAUGCUCUUAUGAAGACUUGUCGGCUGUUUUACCAUGACCAGGAUGAUUGGAUGAUCUUUUACAAGUUCAACAAAUUCCGAUUUUCCACAAGCCGUGAUUGCCUCACUUAUGUUGCUGCCAUCACCUCGGAUCGCCGCGAGGCCAUCCGAAGCAUCACCAUCGCACCGGAUCCAGCGGACAUCAAUUUCCACUAUGAUCCAAGUAGGGUCAAAAAGGGGAGACCAGGAGACCGUCUCCGCGUCAUUGCCGACCUCUGUCCGAGCCUGCGCGUCUUUAGACAUGAGAAGUUCUUUUACCUCUCAGACACCUUGACCAACUGGGUAAUCAUGCUGGCCGAGACUUUGGAACCCAUUGUGGCCUCUCUGCCAUUUCUAAACGAGGUUUACAUCCUUGGUAGCGGUGGUGGGAAUACGCAGCUGGAAUGUCAUAUGACUUUGCAGAAUGUAUCGUUCAUUUGGAAAACAUUCGCGGCUUCGCAUCUAUGGGCUUCGGCAUUAAGACAUGCAAACUCCAGUGAUCGUGGUGAGAAAGUAUUGACGGCAGUGUGGGAGAUACUGUCCAAACAAAGGACAGUCGAUGAGCAACUACUCGAACCUCGCCGUGUAAAGGAAGCUAUCGGCACGACGCCUAUUCUCACUCCGGGAGUAUGUCGUCGGUACCGCGGGUGUGUCGGCGGCAUGCGACAGAAUGUAAGACAUUUCGCAAGCGGAACCGUCCCCGAUUUCAUAUUCGGAGGAACGGGGACCGUAAAAGACAUUCGGUUUCCCCGCGAUGACUUGUGUCCCGAAUUACUCAUUGGAACAGCCUGGUACCAUUGGGAUGCCAUCUUUUCUUCGAAUCGGUUAUCGGAAUAUCACAGCAAAUCUUAUGUUUCGGAGGCCGCGUACCGUUUCAGAAAGAAGUACGUCCCAUGGGUGUAUUUUUCGGGCACCAGCAAAGGGAGACGCCAUGGAGACCGAAGCCCUCAAAGCAAGCUAAUCAACUGCAUAUGGCGGCUGAAUUGGCAAGAUAGUGCUAAGAAAUUGGAUAUAUUGGGCGAACUCUACAAGGCUGGGUACAUAUACUCUAGGCGUAGACGGUGA